AUGCAUUCAAAAGCUGGAGGUAUAACCAUAGAGGCAACCCUCAGAACUUCUCUUCUUCCCUUCAUCCUUCUCCAUCUAGCUAUUCUGUACUUAAACAACAAAGAGCAGUCCCGCUAGAUUGCUCCACCAACCUCCUCAGAACAUCGAGGAUUCUUAUAUAUCAUUCACUUCUUCACCAAGUCUUCUUGAGAUACAACAAUCUUUUCUCUGUCGUGCGUGUGUUCAUGUACAACAACGUCAAGAUUGAAGCCAACACAUCUAUGCACCAAUAGCUAGAUCGAGCAAACACCAUUAGAAAGCCUACCUACCUGCAUGGACCCUUGGAGUGAAAUUGAGGGCAAGAGAGCUCAUGAUCCUAUCUUCCAAAACCACGUCCGCCCAAACUGCCGCCAACCUGCUGAUGGUUUCUGCAAGGAGAAGGGCGCAGAUGCUGCCAUCGCUCGCGCCGAGCGAUGCAUCUGGGUUCCGGGGCCAAUCAUAGUGGGCGCUGGACCAUCAGGGCUCGCUGUUGCUGCAUGUCUCAAGGAGAAGGGGAUUGACAGCCUUGUUCUCGAGCGCUCCAACUGCAUAGCUUCGCUUUGGCAGCUCAAGACAUACGACCGUCUCAGCCUUCAUCUCCCUCGCCAGUUCUGUGAGCUUCCCCUCAUGCCUUUCCCUGCCGACUACCCUAUUUAUCCCUCAAAGCAGCAGUUUGUAGCCUACCUGGAGAGCUACGCCGCAAGGUUCGGGAUCCGCCCCACGUACAACCGGACGGUGGUCUGUGCAGAAUAUGACGAGCAUCUUCAGUUAUGGCGGGCGAGAACACGAGCCACAGGCGUAAUGGGGGAGGAGGUCGAGUAUGUGUCUCAGUGGUUGGUUGUGGCCACUGGUGAGAACGCCGAGAUCGUGCUGCCGGAGAUUGAUGGCCUGGAGGAGUUCAAGGGAGUUGUCAUGCACACCAGUUCAUAUAAAAGCGGCGGCGCAUUCGCUGGGAAGCGUGUUCUCGUUGUUGGGAGUGGCAAUUCAGGCAUGGAGGUGUGCCUAGACCUCUGCAACCACAAUGCAAGGCCCCAUAUUGUAGUAAGAGACGCUGUACACAUCUUGCCCAGGGAGAUGCUGGGUCAGUCCACCUUUGGGCUGUCAAUGUGGCUGCUCAAGUGGCUCCCAGUCCACGUGGUGGACCGGAUUCUACUGCUCAUAGCUCGGACCAUGCUUGGGGAUACUGCUCCGCUUGGGCUAAAACGUCCUACCAUCGGUCCUCUCGAGCUCAAGUCACUCUCAGGGAAGACCCCAGUUCUUGACGUUGGCACAUUUGCAAAGAUUAAGUCUGGUGACAUCAAGGUACGCUCGGCCAUAAAACAAAUAUCAGGGAGAAAGGUAGAGUUCAUGGACACACGGUUGGAGGAGUUUGAUGUCAUUGUGCUUGCCACCGGAUACAAGAGCAACGUUCCCUCCUGGUUAAAGGACCGGGAAUUGUUUUCCGAAAAGGAUGGGUUGCCAAGAAAGUCAUUUCCAAACGGUUGGAAGGGGGAGAACGGGCUCUACUCGGUCGGGUUCACCCGGCGCGGGCUGAUGGGAACAUCGGUGGAUGCUCGGAGAAUUGCUCACGACAUCGAGCAGCAAUGGAAGGCCAGAGGGAAGCACCCGGACGUGUUGCUCUAGCUUCCGUCUCUCUGUCUCUCGCCAUGGUUACCGGAGGCAUGCCAUCGAUCGGUCAUGCAUAAGCUUGUGAAUACUAGCUAGUAGGUUUGGUGAGAAAACGAUGAUACGAUGUUACUCUGCCGACUUCAACAACGGUGCGUUUGGAGUGGCCCAAGGGUGUAAUGCGUGCGAUGCUGCAUGCUGCGUUUGUUGCAUUUUGGUGCUUGUAUAGGGUAUUGUAUUGUCAAUUUUUCUGUGCCGUGGUUUGCGUUUGAUGACUAACCAUCCUAUAAGCUGCUCUGUAUCAUCCUCGGUGGAGUAAUACUGAAAUGCCCAUGUUGGACAA